AUGCACCGCAGGCUCGAACCUGGAUAUAAAACUGUAACGGUGAAUCGGGCCGCAGCGGUACUGAAAGUGAGACUCGGCGCUCACACACUCGAACCAGCGGACCAUUUUCGUUCUCACAAUUCAGACCCACCUGCGAGACACAGGACGAUUUUCUUGUUGCCGUUACUGGUGGCAGUUCUGGCCGAUCCCCAAGGACCCGCGUACCUUCCACCGACUGGGAAUUCACCGGGAAGACCUGCCGCCGGCCAUCCCGACGAAUGGGCUGGCGAUCCGGCGAACUACGAAUUCUCGUACGAGGUUCAGGACGCAGCAUCGGGUCUGGACUUCGGUCACCGGGAAAUGCGGAAGGACGACGAGGCGACCGGAAGCUACCACGUUCUACUGCCGGAUGGUAGAACCCAGAUAGUCGACUACGUUGCAGACGGCGGUGGGUAUCGUCCGAUGGUCCGCUACGAGGGAACAGCCUCGUUUCCGGCUCCAGGUGGUCAAAGCGGAAGUGGCGAGGGUUACAGAUACUAGAAACCAGAAUCGAAGACUUUGGCAAAAUCGUCGAUCAGUGUCCGCGCGUUUCCGAUAAAUUACCUAUCUCCAAUCAUUCGUCCUUCGGCAAUCGAGUCACAGAACUAAUAAUAAACACGGGAAAAAUUAUCCCCGGUAUAAUACGAAAAGACAAUCUCAAAUAUUCUGCCAAUCGUUGUUCGAGUUGCGAAUUUCCGUUGUAAACGAAAAGAAAACAAAAAACUCGUACCACGAGGAUCGAAACGUCUGAACGAAUUUCCUGUGAGAGGUGAUGAUGGAUAUUAAAUUACGAGGCAAUUUCUUUCCGGUGAAAGAUAAUUAUGUUAUUAUUUGUCAACGCGUUUAUAAAUCGUGGCUAUACGCACCCAUGCACACACACACACACACACACACGCACAUAUGUACGUGUAUAUGUAUACAUUAGCAGGGCGCUAAGCUAAAGCACCAACAAUUAUAUUUUACGCAGCAUUUCCCUUUGCGUCUAAUUUUCAAGGAAUUAGGUAUA